AUGAAGUUCCUCUCUUUCUGUGCACUCUCUUUCGCCGUUGCGGGCUCGGCCGUGGCAUCCGCCACCAAUGAUAUCGCCCCCAUCGAGAUUUCGGCCCUUCCUGGUCUCUAUGCACCUGAGGUCUAUACCGAUGCUGGCACCAUCGAGGCAAUUCGAAACACACUUGCCAUCUAUGCUUUCGCUAUUGAUGGCAAGGACUUCGGUGCCCUUGACAAGGUCUUCACCAGCGAUGCGGUGGCCAACUACUCGGCACCCCUCAACGUGUUGACCCCUCUGAGCACGAUCAAAUCUGUGCUGGGCACGAGCCUGGCUUGUGUGACCACUCAGCAUCAUCUCGGUACACAGCGUAUUGAUGUCCUUUCUCCCAUCACGGCCAAGUCAGUGACAUACUUCCGUGCCGCCCACUUCGGCAAAGGAGACUUGGAGAAUGAGGUAGCCUAUGCCUAUGGCCAAUACCAGGAUAACUGGCAACGUCAAGCCAGUGGUACCUGGCGUAUUGUUCACCGCAACCUUGUCUAUAUGGGUCCCCAAAUUGGCAAGCUGGCGGUUUUCCUGUGCUAG